AUGAUGGAGGGAAACGUCCAGCAGCAGAAAGCCACUCCUGUAGCCCGGGAGCUGCAGAGGAUAUUCAGCAGCUACAACAAGCACUCCGUGCAGCUGAAGAAGAACCUGAAGGAGACCAACGUGUUCUUCAGAGAAAUCAGGCAGAACUACAGCAACGCGUGCGCGGCCACCAUAAGCUCGGACUCGGCUUCCCUGGAGGCAGGUCAGAUUAGCUGCAUCUCUUUCCCGAGCCACGAGGAAGAGUUCCUGCGCAGCGCCGUGGGAGCCGCGCCGUACAUCCUGGUGCUGGGCCAGGACUGCGCCGCCCGCUACCAGCUGCUCAACUGCCUGCUGGGGGAGAGGCUGCUGCCGCUGGGCGCCGAGGCCGGCGAGGCCUGCGCAGGCGGCCAAGGCGUCGUCUGCAAGAGGAGGAAGCUGUGUUUCACUCACGGCAGACAGACGCGGCUCAGCCUGGCGCUGCCCGGCCAGUACGAGCUGGUGCACCAGCUGGCGGCCAACCGUGGCCGCUGGGAGACGGUCCCCAGGGAGGACCUGGAAAUCCACGAGGAGUGCGAGGACCCGGCCCACAGACUGGCAGAGCUGGAAAUCACCCUGCAUCACCCUCUGCUUCAGGAAACAAAGGUCAUGGUGGUCCCCUGUCCAAGUGUCCAGCCCAUAGAAGAGGCUCUGGAGGACUGCACUCGCAAUGUAAUACCGGUCAUACUCUACGCCAUCAACCAGGACUCACUCAGCUCGGAGCAGGUGGCCGAGCUCCGGAAGGUCAAAGAGAUGCUCUCGUUUCCCAUUUGUUUUGUCCGCAUCCCUGCCACCACAGCUGCAGGCUCCCCAGAAUCCAGCUGCCGGGCAGAGAAGGAGAGGGAGAAAAGCGGCCUGCACAAGCAGCUGCUCUCACUCGGCUUCUUGAACACUCAGACUGGACACUGUUCCUGUGGAGCACCGUCACAGAUUUCCCUUCCAGGGGCUAAACCCCAGAGCAUGUUGGGCGAAACUUGGGAAAAACUCCAUCGGCUACUGGUGCCAUUUGCCCGGCAAGUUCUCCAGAACCAACAAGUAGAAGCUGCCAACCUGCUUAAUGGGAUUCACUGUCGAUGCCUCGACCUUUUCAUCAACCAGGCCUUUGACAUGCAGAGGGACCUCCAGAUCACCCCCCGCAGGCUGGAGUACACUCGUGAGAAAGAGGGUGAACUCUUCAACUCCCUGAUGGCCAUUGCAAACCGAAAACAGGAAGAGAUGAAGGAGAUGAUCGUGGAGACCCUCAGCAGCAUGAAGGAGCAGUUACUAGACGAUGCCGCCAACCUAGAGUUUACAGACAUCAUUGUGACCACCAAUGGAGAACCUGUUACGUCAAAGGAAAUAAAAUCCUGCAUCCACCUGAUCCAGGAGCUGAUAGUGCUGCGUUUGAAUCAGGCGGUGGCGAAUAAGCUGAUCAACUCCGUGGACUAUCUGAGGGAGAGCUUUGUGGGAACCCUGGAGCGGUGCCUCAGCAGUCUGGAGAAGUCCAGCUUUGAGUCCUCUGUGCACAACAUCACUUCUAAUCAUCUAAAACAGUUACUUAAUGCUGCCUAUCAUGUGGAGGUGACCUUCCAUUCGGGGUCCUCUGUCACAAGACUUAUGUGGGAGCAAAUCAAGCAGAUAAUCCACAGGAUUACGUUUGUAAAUCCUCCUGCCAUCACGCCAGAGUGGAAGCGAAAAGUCGCCCAGGAUGCCAUAGAAAGUCUCAGCGCUGCCAAACUGGCUCGCAGCAUCUGCUCCCAGUUCAGAACCCGGCUGAACAGCUCUCACGAGGCCUUCGCUGCGUCUUUACGCCAGCUGGAGGAAGGUCACACGGGCCGUCUGGAGCGGACCGAGGACCUGUGGCUGCGUGUCAGGAAGGACCACGCCCCUCGGCUGGCUCGGCUGUCUUUGGAGAGCCGCUCCCUGAGGGAUGUGCUGCUGCACGGCAAGCCUAAGCUGGGGCGGGAGCUGGGCCGCGGCCAGUAUGGAGUUGUGUACCUGUGCGACAGCUGGGGGGGGCAUUACCCGUGUGCCCUGAAGUCUGUGAUUCCUCCUGACGACAAACACUGGAACGACUUGGCUUUAGAGUUUCACUACACGAGGUCUCUGCCCAAGCAUGAGCGGCUGGUCGACCUGCACGGCUCUGUGAUCGAUCACACCUACGGAGACGGCUCCAGCAUCGCAGUGCUGCUUAUCAUGGAGCGGCUGCAUCGAGAUCUCUACACCGGGUUAAAGGCCGGUCUGUCACUAAGAGAGAGGCUGCAGAUCGCCUUGGAUGUGGUGGAGGGGAUGCGCUUCCUGCACAGUCAGGGUCUCGUACACCGAGACAUUAAAUUAAAAAAUGUUCUGCUGGACAAACAGAAUCGAGCAAAGAUCACUGAUCUGGGCUUUUGCAAACCUGAGGCCAUGAUGUCUGGCAGCAUUGUUGGGACUCCCAUCCAUAUGGCUCCAGAGCUGUUUACAGGAAAGUAUGAUAACUCGGUCGACGUGUACGCCUUCGGGAUCCUGUUCUGGUAUCUCUGCACCGGUUCAGUGAAGCUUCCAGACGCCUUUGAGAAAUGCUCCAGCAAGGACCAGCUGUGGAACAACGUCAAAAAAGGUUCCAGACCGGAGCGUCUGCCCACUUUCGACGAGGAAUGCUGGCAGCUGAUGGAGGCCUGCUGGAACGGGGACCCUUCGCUCAGACCCCUGCUCGGCAUCGUGGAGCCCAGCCUGCAGAGCAUCAUGCACCGGCUCUGCGACUGCAGCUCCGAGCAGAAAAGCAGCAGCCUCGAGGACUCAAACUGAUAACACUCCAAACAAACUAACAGAAAACCUGUUUUUUUUUUUUUUUUCCUUUUGUUGUAUUUAUGAAGAGCGGAGGAGAGCGGACCGACGACAGGUGACCAAUGAAAGCUGUCCUGCUUGUUAACCGGUGGUGGAUGUGCGUUAUUUAUGAGGAGCUGAUAGAAACCAAGA